AUGCAGGUAUGUAGGUUAACUCAAUGUUUAAAAAAACUAUAAUACAAAUUUUAAACUAUUAAAAUAUUUUCUUCUAGAACAUCUUGCCUUUAUUCACAAGUGCAAUUCCAAUGGCAUGUUACACACUUCCAAUAGUAUUUGGAGUUCAAGCAGACAAUAUUGUAACAUAUGCCACAAUGUGUUUGACGUUAGUACCAAUUUUUAACCCAGCCAUCACAAUACUUGUAAUCUCGCCCUACAAAUCUAACGUGUUGAGAUGGUUAGAUAAGUUGAUGUGCGGUGUGCUGAAACGACGAAAGUUAACCACCAAAACCACAACAUUGACUAAAAGUGUCAGUGCUGGAACUUUGCAGUUGAUGUGA